AUGUCGGAUGAAGAUUGGGCGACGUCGUCUGGAUCAUCUGAUCCCUUUUUCGCAAUCAUGGAACGUGGAAUGGAGGUCUUGGAAGACCAACAUAUGUCUUCGUGUGCCGUUGGGGACUUUGACACAGCCUCAGACGGAGAGCAGGAACGGCCCGAGGACACUUACCGCUCACCCUCACCAUCACUUGAGGACAUUCCCACCCUGGGAGUGAGCGGCCCAAGUCGCAAGCUAUCCCUGGCUGAGAUCUUGCGCGAUCGUCCUCAAGGACGAUGUGACCGGGAAGAACAACAGAAGACAUCCUCCACUGGCCCGUUUGCGGUUAUGUCAUCCGGGCACCGGUUCCUGGCGUACGGCGCCGACACAUCCCGUGCUUCGGGGUUCAGGCUGCUGCCUGGUCUGUCUGGGACGUCUAUUGCGGGGGAUGUCGGUUUCUCUACGUUCAUGCUGAACGGUCUGGAGAGACCUCGAACCAGCACACCUGCCGGCGUACCUGAUCCGGCCGCAAUAAAGCGUUACCUGGCUGGAGUGAGAGCGACCCGCAGGAGCAGCAAACUGGGUCGCCAUUUCCCGGCCGCGGCGCGAAAGGAGGAAAUAAACGAGCCAAGGGACAUCCUCUGGCAAACGUGGCUGAAAGCCAUCGAGAAGAGGGAAGCGGUGAGAAGGGGACAAGAAAUGUACGAACCUUCGAGGGAGGCAGCCGGAAAGUCGGCGGGACUGAGAAGGAACCGGGCUAAAGUGGAUGAACCCCAGAUGCUUCUUCGUGCCAAGACGUUGAGGAAACGGGCAGAGGCAUAUUCUCCCGGGAAACCUGUGGUCCGGACGGAGCAACCUGGUCUUGCCUUGGCUGGUCCAAUCGGACACACAGGUACUAAGCGGAAAUCGCGUCUGCCGUCGGAUGGGGAGGGUCGGGCUCAUAAGAAACGCAAGACAGUAUCGUUCGUCGAUCCUGAAGAAUGCGCUGAUGGGCCAGUUGUGGAAUCUAUUCUUCCUUCGGGGUAUCGCGAGGUCUUCACCGAUGAUACAAUGUUCCGGGGUCACUUCAAUCGAAACGGGACCUGUGCGCAACAGUAG